AUGGCCUCCGGCUUUGGCUACAACGGAGGUGUCUCUCGGUGCUUUGCAUACUGGCAGGAGUUCUCCAAAUGCUACGCCCAGACAGACGUCCCUAGCAAGUGCACCGCGCAGGUGGAGGAUUACCUGGAGUGCCUUCACCACACUAAGGAGAUUGCUCGCGCGAAGGCGGUCAAGGCGGAGUUUAUCCGUAAGGCAGAACAUCAAGCGCACGAGGGACGCAAGGCCGCGGACAUUCUUGCAGACGGUGUCAUCGUCGGUGUCGGGCUUAUAUCUCGCGGAGAAGCCGCACAUUCGAAGUAG